AGUGAGCAGCUUCCCACGAGCUCGUCGUCAUUCCACUCGUCAUACUCGUAUGAGCACAUGCAAAGGCCCGUGUCCUCGACGUCGUCCACCUCUUCGUACGCGGGUGGCGACGAUCGCUACACACGCCGUCCCUUGACCGCAAGCUCUGACUCUUCGUCGUCGGUGUAUCACAAUGCCGCCACAUCCCUCUCUGCUCUGACGCCGACAGCGGCGACGAUUGGCAUCGGCGCAGCGAGCCCAUCCAUUGCCUCGCAGCACGGCCAGCACCACCAGCAGGACUUCUACGGCGGCGUCGAUGCCAGCCGCCGACUCUCUUGCCCGGGUGACGUCUCGGCGAUGGGUUCGAACAUUGAGCACACCUCACCAAUCCAACAACAACACCCUGCUGACCUAGCUCGCCAGCAGCACCAACAACCGCACAGCGACGAGUACGCAACCCACCAAGCAGGUUCGCACUCGUACUGGCGUUGAGUCCGCCUCUCUCUUGUCU